CCUUUUUCUAAAGGUAAAUAAUCUUUUUUCUAAAGGUAAAUAUCAUAGAAAAGGUAAGGUAUUCAACGUUUUCACUUUUCAGUAAUUUGACUCAUUUAAUUUCCUAUUUAUUGGAAAGGUCAAACAUUGUUCAAAUUCAAUGUAAAACUACUAGUGACAAGGGAUAAUAGCAAGUUGUUAUAAGUGUAGCAUAUUACGUAUACAGAUAACUUUUGAUUCUGGUUGAGAAUAGGUUCUAACGUUUGUGUAUAAAUACCUUGUAAGUUGUAUGGUUCUUGAUAUAAAAAAAAGUUCCUUUCAUCUUUAAUUACUCUCUGUGUAAACGAACCUAAGAUCAUCAAUUUUUUUUGUGUCAUCUGUGUUUGAUCUUUUUUUCUAUUCUUUCAUCAGUGGUAGCAAUGUGGCUCGUUCGAGCAGGGACGAUCGCUAUUCUCAUAACCGCGUUUCUGCAAAUUGCUGCGGCUAAGAAAAGACCGCACAGUAUUGUAAAGUAUCAUGGUGCAGUCGCAACAGACGAUGGACGGUGUUCUAAAAUAGGAAUGAAAGUUCUUCGUCAAGGAGGAAACGCUAUUGAUGCUUCUGUGGCCGCUGCUUUAUGUUUGGGCGUUGUGAGUCCAGCUUCUAGCGGUAUAGGCGGUGGAUCGUUUAUAGUGGUUAAGAUGGCUGGUGGCAAGGAAGUAGCUUAUGAUUCUAGAGAAACUGCUCCUCUCCGUGCCACUGAGAAUAUGUAUGGAGGCAAUCUUGAUCUAAAAAAGAGAGGAGCCUUAUCAGUAGGAGUUCCCGGGGAAGUUUAUGGUCUAUUCACAGCUUGGAAACAACAUGGAAAGCUACCGUGGAAGCGGUUAGUUAGUCCCGCAAAGAAACUCGCAGAUAGAGGUUUUAAGAUUACAAAGUAUCUCUAUAUGCAAAUGAACACAACCAGAGACCAUAUUCUAGCAGACAAAGGUCUCUCUAAACUAUUUGUUUCAAAUGGUGAGCUUAAGAAACCAGGAACACUUUGCCGAAACCCAAAACUGGCUUUAACUUUGAGGCAAAUUGCAAAGUAUGGUCCAAAAGCGUUUUAUAAUGGCACGGUUGGGGUUAACCUAGUGAGCGAUAUCCUCAAAUCGGGAGGGAUAAUAACUUUGAAAGAUCUACAAAGUUAUAGAGUUAAUGUUAAAGAACCAUUAUCUAAUGAUAUUCUUGGAUACCGUUUACUCGGGAUGCCUCCUCCUUCUUCCGGUGGUGCUGCAAUGGUCCUUAUUUUGAACAUUCUUUCUCAAUAUGGGGUUCCAUCAGGUGUAUCGGGCUCUCUCGGUGUUCAUCGUUUAGUCGAGUCUCUGAAACAUGCUUUCGCAAUUAGAAUGAACCUUGGAGAUCCAGAUUUUGUUGACGUUACUAAAGUCGUUUCAGAUAUGUUGUCUCCACAGUUUGCACAAGACUUGAAGAGGAAGAUAAACGACAAGAAAACCUUUGAUCCAAAAUAUUAUGGUGGCAGGUGGAAUCAGAUCAAAGAUCAUGGAACAAGCCACUUAUCGAUAAUAGACCAUGAGAGGAAUUGUGUUUCGAUGACUAGUACAAUAAAUGCUUUCUUUGGGGCACUGAUGCUGUCUCCUAGCACGGGAAUCGUUCUGAACAACGAAAUGGACGAUUUCUCGAUUCCGUUGAAGUCCUUCCAUGACUCAGAUAAGCCGCCACCAGCACCUGCUAACUUCAUCCGUCCUGGGAAACGACCUUUGUCAUCCAUGACUCCCACCAUUGUACUCAAGGACGGUAAAGUUAAAGCAGCAGUGGGUGCAAGCGGAGGAAUGUAUAUCAUCGCCGGAACAACGGAAGUUUUCUUGAAUCAUUUUUUACUCAACAUGGAUCCUCUUUCUUCUGUCGUGGCUCCAAGAAUCUACCAUCAGUUGAUACCAAACAGUGUUAAGUAUGAGAACUGGACGACGGCUUACAAUGAUCAUUUCGAGAUACCUAAAGGGACAAGACAUGUGUUGGAGAAGAAAGGUCAUGUCCUAACUCCGUUUGCCGGAGGUACAAUUUCUCAGUUCAUAGUUCAAGAAUCCGAUGGAAAGCUUGUGGCUGUGAGUGAUCCAAGAAAAGGAGGGUUCCCUUCAGGAUAUUGAGAUCGGAUUUGAUUUUUUCUCCUUUGUAUUAUUGAAUCGAAAUGAUUUUUGACAUUUUUUUUUCAGUAAUAUUACUCCAGAGCUUUAUUUUAUGGCAAAUCUCAGAAAAAUUAAACCAA